CCGGGCCGGGGCGGGGCUUGGGAGCCUGGCAGAGCCCGGCUGGCCAUGAAAGCCUUCGGACCAGAGCACCGGCUCGGCAUUCGCCGGUUGGAUCAGCUGCAGGAGCGCGGGCCACCAUGAGCGGGUACGUUGGCGACCUCAGCGCCAAGCAGGAGGAGGCGCUGGCCAAGGUAAGGAGAAGAGAUGAUCAAGAGGACUAGGAACGUGAACCUCAUCCAUCCAUCCAUCCAUUCUUUCUCUGCGUUGCGUUUACUUCGCUCAGUUCUUAGGGGGCUGGCUCAGAUCCCCCAAUUCUGAGCCCAGCGUAGCCCCCCUUCUUAAGCACACGUAAGCAGUAGCUAUGGGGACCGAUUCUCCCCCCCGCGCGCGCCGUGAUUGACUUAUCCGGUUUCAAGCAUCCCGCCCCCGUCCUUGGUGCUGCAAAAGACGCCCUGCGAUCUCCAGGGAUAAAACUGCCCACUUCCCACAGCCUGACUCUGUGGAUAUGUUUACUCAGAAGUCGCCGCCGCCGCCGCCGCCCUCCUUUGAUUUCUAAGGGAGGGGUUUCAUGGGCGUAGCCAGGGGGGCAGGGAGGGUAGCUGCCCCCCCCUAAAUCAAGAAAAAAAAAAUACUUAACUAAAAGUAGAAACUGUAGGAAGAUUUUGACAGGUUUUUUCUGAGCACUUGGGGUCAAAAGAAAGUUAUUUUCAACAACUGUUGUUGAAACGUUUCAGUCCGAAUCUGCUAGAUAGAGCCAGACAGAGGAUGACAGGUGCCCCACAUUAGUCCUGGCCUCCUGCUCCCCUAACAUAAAUCCUGGCAAUGCCCAUUUGGGGGGGGGCUAUGCACAUGCAGGGUUGGAGUGCUUUUUUUGGAAGGGGGGGGCCCUCUGCAAUCAUCCUGACCGGUCUACCUUGCAAGGUUGUCGUGCGGUUGUUCUUUAUCUCCCUUUUCUCUCUCACCUCUUCUGACCCAUAUUUACCUAAGAGGUAAAUGGUGGGUCAUGAUAGCAAGCGAGAUCUCUCUUUGGCACAUACCUCAAAGCUCUUCAGUAGCGCUUGUGCAGGUGAGAGAGAGACUUUCCCCUCAGGGUUAAGUAAAGGGCAGGCCGUUUCUUAACCAGUGUCCAAGUGGGUAACUUACAUAAGGUUGGUCCGGCGAGGCCAAAGGUCCCUCUAACUAAUCCCAUGUUUUGCGUCCCAGCAGGUGCCAGGCAGUGAAUUUCUGGGGAAGUUUUUCAAGCAGGGGAGGAAAUCACAGCAUCUUCUGUCCCCCUCGCUUCCCACUAGUGGUUCGCACCCCCAGCAUCUGAGACUUAGAGGUGCAAGCAAGCCCUGCCACAAAUGGUGCUCCUCUUCAGGCCUCCAUCAACUGUUAAAAGGAGACUUGUGGAACAGUUUUGGGUCCCCUCACCUGCUAUGUUCAACUGCAGGCUAGCUCAUUUUGCCCAGCUUCUGGCUCCUCUACACCAGUAGUUUUCAAAGCGGGUGAAAUGGCCCCCAUUUCAUUUCUACUAUGAAAGCUUCAGGGCCCUGGAAGGGCCCCAGAAGUGACUUUUAGCCACCUGAGGGUUUUUUUAAAAAAAUUGCUUUGAAAAGUGCAUCCUCCAGGUAAAUAACAUUUCCCUAGUUUUCACACCUCCCCCCGCCACCAUAACUCAAAAACUAUAAGGCAUAGGGGUUUUUUUUUAUUCACACCAGUGUCUCUGACAUGUGAGAUAAUCCAGUAUAGCGAUUUUAAUCAAAAUCUGACAUGUAGUAGUUAAUUAAAAAAACAACUAAAUUGUGGUGAUCUGUCAUGGAACAACCCUGCCGGAGAAGAUAAUGGUAGUCACUCAGAGCUCACUGUUGGUGGGAAAGGGGCCUCUGUAACAGUUCAGGGUGCCCAAAAUGUAGGUCCACCACUGCUGCCACCUGGGGGGCGGUGGGGUCAACUUGUGCAAGAAGCUGGCAGGGAGCACAAGAGGCGUGAGUUUUUAUCAGACUUGCUGGAUUCCCUGGCCCAAGUUCAUCAAGUUCCUUGAAUUAAUUAAACUAAAUAAUUUUCAUUGGAUUUUGAUUAUUGUAAUACUGUUUUUCUUAGUGGGUGAGCUAGGGGACACUGGGGAUGAGUUUAUAGAACCUGGGGGUGGCAGCCUGAAAAAAGUAGCCUGCUCUAGAACCCCCUUACCUCACUACGCAUUUUUCUGCUUGUUUAAGCUUAGAGGACCUCUGCUGGACCAUUUAGGGAUUCUUAAAACAUAGGGUAUCCUUCAUGUUAAUUUGCAGACUUGUAUACAUUUGUGUCCUGGUUUGGAUGAGAGAAGAGUCCCCUUCGUAUGUACUGUAGAAGUUUCCACCUUAUUUUGGAACGGUCCUGUUUUUUUUGCUUCCGAUGUGAUUGGCACUCAGCCGCCUGAGUUUGUUCUUAGAGCAACAAAAUGGACAGCACAACGAAAUGUUGCAAUCUAUUCUUACCUUUUCUUAGAACUGCUCCUACUCAGGAUGCAAACCAGCCAGUUCUCCUCCAGCAGGCUUAAAGCUUUGCGCAAGAGCUCGCUAGGUCCUCCUCACUUGAGUGUCUCUUAAUUGCUUCUCCACUUUUGCAAAAUCUCAGGAACUGCCCGUGCAUUCAGGUUGUUCCCUCUUUUGUUUCUCAAUGGCCUCGUUUUUCUCAACAUCUCCAGCUGGCAUUCACCACCAGAAUUUGCUGUUGGAGUGAAUUAAGGGGAUUUUGCCUGUGUGAACACAGAGUUUUGGCUCUGCUGUUGCGCUCCUGGCUCAUUGACCUCUUGGCCCUGCAAAUUUGCAUCCUUCAGUUGUUUUAAAGUUGAUUUAAACCUAGUGCCUGUUGCCAUAUCUUCUGGCUGCAAAUUUUGUAAACCGUAUCUACUACUUUGUUUUUAUUUAUUGUCUCCCCCCCAGCAAAUCCCCUUCCUAGGAACAUAAGAAGAUGCCAAGCCAGACCAUUCAUCCACCCACCCAGCUCAGUAUUGUCUGCACUGACUGGCAGCAGCUCUCCAAGGUUUUGGGCAAGGGAUACUCCCUGUUCUUCCUGGUAAUGCCAGGGAUUGAACUUUGGGACCUUCUGCAUGGAAAGCAGAUGUCCUGCCUCUUUGUUGUGAUCCUUCCCUUAAUUCACAGGAAGCCAGGAAGCUGUGUUCUGUUGAGUCAGAUUCUUGGUUCAUCUAGCUCAGUAUUGCUACACUGACUGGCAGUGACUCUCUAGGGUGUCAGGCAGAGGACCUAACUGGAAGAUGCUGAGCAUUGAACCUGGGACCUUCUGCAUGCACAGCAGAUGCUCUCCCACUGAGCUAUGGCCUUUGCCCAAAUAAUUAUGGUCUUGAAGUUUGGUCUUUUCCACUGAUGCUGCACCUUUGAUCAGUUGUAAAAAGUUGUAAAAAUAAAAAUGCGAGUGCAUAAGGAGAGCAGGCUGAAUGAUGACCUCUAGUCUGGCACCUGUUUCCCACAAAAAGCAUGGUGAUGCCAUGGUGAUGCCAGAUGCCCUCUUGAGAAAUUCACUUGGAAGAACAUGAAGGCAAUAGCUUUCAUUGGCACCUGGCGUUCAUUGGACCUGCAGAAAUAUUAUCUACAGCAAAGAUCUAUGGUUUACUGGUAGAGCAAGUGCUUUGCAUUCAGAAAGUCGGACAUUCAGUCCUUGGCAGAGCCACUGCCAGACAGAGUAGACAGUGCUGAUUCAGAUGGACCAAUGGUCUGACACAGUCCAAGGAUGCUAAACCAGAUGGGCCAUUGGCCUGAUCCAGCAGGCUCUUCUUAUUUUCUGAAGAGGAUGGCUUUUAAACACUGCUCAAGUAGGCUGUGUUUAAAGUCGCGUCCACACUGCACACUUGUUCCCCCGUAGAAUGCUAGGAGCUGUAGUUCACUGCUUGCAGAGCUAGCAUUCCUAGCGCCCUUAAACUACAGUUCCCAGGAUUCUAUGGGGGACAUCAUUUGCUUUAACUGUAUGCUGUAUAUAUGUGGCCUUGGUUUGGGCGUGGGGCUUUUUAUUUAUCGUAUUUAGUUAUAAAGAAAUAUUUCUCUACCACUGCAGCAUAAAAAGUACUGUAUUUUUCGCCCUAUAGGGCGCACCUAGGUUUUUUGGGGGGGAAAGAAAGAAACACAAUUUUAUUUUCCCCCCAGCCGCGGGGACCUUCAGGGACAGCCUCUCUAGCCUCCGUGGGACAGCGGAGUGAAGGCACUCCACUGCUCUACAGCAGCUUUGUGCAGCCAUCCUGAAGCUAGAAGAGGGAGACGGAGCGCUCCGUCUCCCUCUUCUGCCUUCAGGGACAGCCUCUCUAGCCUCCGUGGGGCAGCGGCUUGCGGAUAUCUGCCCGAAGCCUGGGGCGCGCUGCUUCAGCGUGCCCGGGGCUUCGGGCAGCAGGCUGCUAUCCGCAAGCCUAGGGAGCCCUGCGGGAACUCCCGCGGGCUCCCCAGGCUUGCAGAUAGCUUCCUGAAGCCUGGAGAGUGAGAGGGGUCGGUGCACACCGACCCCUCUCGCUCUCCAGGCUUCAGCGAAAGCCUGCAUUCACCCCAUAGGACGCACACACAUUUCCCCUUCAUUUUUGGAGGGGAAAAAGUGUGUCCUAUAGGGCGAAAAAUACGGUAUAUCACAGCGGUUUACAACAAUAUAAAAACAUGAAACCAAGCAAUAAUGUCAUAAAAAGUUACAAAGAAGUUAAAAGCAAGAAAUAAAUUAAAAGAAAAUAUCAACAGGCCAACAUAGGGAGAAGUCCUGCAUAGGCCUGAUGGCAGAGGAUUGCACAGGACUGAGCCAAUGGUACUCAGUUGACCCAUCCUGCAGCAUUUUAUUUUUUUUAAUAAAUAGGGAUUUGGGGCUUAGAAUUUCUUUUUACGCUAGGUGGUCUUUCAUACCUAGAUUGCUCAGCUACUAGGUGGGAAAGCAUCUCAAAAAUACUGUAUAAAAGAAUAAUCAUGUAUGUUCAAUGAACACGGGCAAAUAGAUACAGCCAGCUCAUGGGAAGCUUGAAGGCAACAGGAAUUUUAAGGCUGAAAACUUUCCCUUGUCUAGGGCAACUUUCACUACCCAGGUGAUCUCCAGAUCUUUUUGAUUACUACACUCCCCAGCCCGUGGUGGUCCAAAACAUUUGGAGGGCACCAGGUUGGGGGAAGCUGCUCUAAGGAAAAAGCCCUACUGAAAACAAUGGAAUUUACUUCCAAGUAAAGAAUAGGCUUGCACCGUUGUUCUCUCCAAUUCUCUCCAUUUUUCUUGUUGUAAGAGUUUCUGUAAAGGGAAACAACAGAGGACCUGGAAAAGGCAACUUUUCUCCCUUAAAGACCUGAAGAGGAAGAAAGUCACUGGGGAAAGGCCAAGACUCUGGGGCAUCUACUGCCAUCAUCUGCGGAGAGGCAUAAAGCUUUGCAGCCUUUGCCCUGGAAAACACAGGCAGCUGCCCUGGACCAAAUCAGGUCAUUGGUCCAUCUAGCCAUCAUGGCUAGUAGCCAUGAAUAGCCGCCGCCUCCAUGAUUUUGUCCAACUUUCUUUUAAAGCCAUUGCUGCUUCCUGCAGGAGUUACAUAGUUUAUUAUGUGAUGCAUGAAGAAGCCUGUCCUGAAUCUGUGGCACAAUGGGUCCGCGUGUCUGGCUGUUAACCAGAAGGUUGGUGGUUCAAGCCCACCUAGAGAUGGCUGUGGGCAGGAUUCCUGCAUUGCAGGGAGGUGGCCUGGAUGCGCCUCAAGGUCCGUUCAAACACGAUGAUUCUAUGAUUCCAGCAUCAGUGGGCGCCUGCUUCUUACAAUAGGCUUACAGCCAGCCAGUAUCCACACAGGAACAUAGGAAGCUGCCUUAUACUGACUGAGUCAGACGAUUGGUCUGUCUAGCUCAGUAGCGUGUGCUCUGACUGGCAGAGGCUCCCCAGGGUUUUGGGUAAGGAGUCUCUCUCCUUGCCCUGCCUGGAGAUACCCUUGGGGAUUGAACCUGGCGCAGAUGCUCUAACCACUGAGCCAAAGCUCUUCCCCAAUGCUUUGGAAGAUGGAAAAUGUUUAUGACUGACAUUGGGGAAAAUAGUAUGUGGUGGUCCCAAGCGGGUAACUUGUGAGACACUACAAAGUGGGUCUUGCUCUGCCCUGAAAGGUUGCAUGUAAUAAUAAUAAUAAUACAGUGGUACCUCAGGUUUCAGACACCUCAGGUUACAGACGUUUCAGGUUACAGACUCCAUUAACCCAGGAAUAGUACCUCGGGUUAAGAACUUUGCUUCAGGAUGAGAACAGAAAUCGUGCAGCGGCAGCGGGAGACCCCAUUAGCUAAAGUGGUACCUCAGGUUAAGAACAGUUUCAGGUUAAGAACGGACCUCCAGAAUGAAUUAAGUUCUUAACCUGUGGUACCACUGUAAUAAUUUUAUUUAUAUGCCCAGCCACUUUGGGCAGUUCCCAACAAAAGAUUAAGGUAAAGGUAAAGGUAAAGGUACCCCUGACUGUUAGGUCCAGUCACGGAUGACGCGCUCAUCUCGCUUUAUUGGCUGAGGGAGCCGGCGUACAGCUUCCGGGUCACGUGGCCAGCAUGACUAAGCCGCUUCUGGCGAACCAGAGCAGCACACGGAAACGCUGUUUACCUUCCCGAUGGAGCGGUACCUAUUUAUUUACUUGCACUUUGACAUGCUUUCGAACUGCUAGGUUGGCAGGAGCAGGGACUAAGCAACAGGAGCUCACCCCGUCGCAAAGAUUCGAACCGCCCACCUUCUGAUCAGCAAGCCCUAGGCUCGGUGGUUUCGACCACAGCGCCACCCAUGUCCUCAACAAAAGAUGAAAAUGGUUGAUGAUAUAUUGUGUUUUUAAUCUUUUGUUUAAAAACACAAUAAAUCAUCAACCAUUAAAACCUUCCCUGAACAGGGCUGCCUCCAGAUGUCUUCUAAACUUCCAGGCACAAAGCUUACUGGAUGGCUUCAAAGAGCAGAGGAAGAACAAUUGCAGUAGUAAUUAAAACCGGAUUACCGUAAUUGCUUUUUUUUUAAGCCUUGUACAAGGUCAGGAAGACUCGCGUAGCAUUCUCAUUCUUCCUUUUGCAUAAUUGGCAAUGCUCAGCCUGCAUUCUGAAAUAACAGAGUCUUGUGGAAGCAGGUUUGAUUUAUUAAUGCAACUCCCCACUUUUUUUAAAAAAAUGGUAUCAUGUAACGCUUAAACAGACGAGGGCAGGUUCCCUUUGUCACCAGGCUGCAAGCAAUGCGUCGCUCUGUGGGGUGUCCCACAGGGUGGAGGAGCUGGCCCUUUUGCCUGGGGAAUGUGGUUGCUUAGAGACUGGUGGAAGGGGAGGCAUACAGAGUGUUGCAUUCAUGGGGUUUGGGCGCUGGGGAAACUGCACAGGCUCGGUAUUUUGUGACCAGAACUUAGAACGGGCACUCCUUGCUUCGCUUACACUCACCUUUGCCAAGCCCCUUUUCUACCUGGGAGGUUCGGACUGGUAGUGGCCAGAAAGUAAGCCAGGAAGUGCCCAAUUGAAACCUUGUUCAGGCUAGCCAUUAUCUUCCCAACCUCAGUUUUCCUAUCUGCAGUAUGGGGAUAAGGAUACGGCAAUUUACUUUGUUUGCCAAAACUGUUUGCACAUUCCAGCUCCAAGGGCCUUCUGGUGGUUCCCUCUGUGCGAGAAGUGAGGUUGCAGGGAACCAGGCAGAGGGCCUUCUCGGUGGUGGCACCCGCCCUGUGGAAUGCCCUCCCACCAGAUGUCAAAGAGAUAAACAACUACCUGACAUUCAGAAGACAUCUGAAGGCUGUUUUUAAUGUGUGACAUCUUAGUGUAUUUUUGGUCUUUGUGGAAGCCGGCCAGAGUGGCUGGGAAAUCCGAGCCAGACGGGCAGGGUACAAAUAUUAUUAUUAUUAUUAUUAUUAUUAUUAUUAUGAUGCCAUGUAUCUGGAAUCCUAAAUGUGAUAAUGUGGGGGGGGGCUGUGUUUUUUUUUGGACUGUUUCUUUAUGGGGGUAGGUGAAUUGCCUGUUUAGAGGAUGUUUUAACAUUGUCAGUUUUUCUUCUGUGAAAUGGGUAUUCUCUGGUAUCCACGACAAUUUCCUUGGGUUUCCAAAUGUGCCACAAGCCCCAGUCCCCAAACUGGGGACCUUCAGCCCAAUAUAAAUCCGCCCCCUGUAAUAGUUGAGGCUACUGUUAUAUGAAAUAUAUCCCUGUAGCUAUAGUUCCCCCUCUGCGUUUUGAAUACUGUAAUCUGUCUUUUUAUGAGAAACUCUAUCGUUGCAUUUGUGUUGCCAUUGGGGUUUCCAGCAGCUUCUGGAAUCAGCUGCUGUAAAUUGUCCAUAGGUAGUUCUAAGCUGCCAUAUCACUAAAUCAGUUCCAGAUGUCGUGCAAUAAUGUCACACAUGUCACAAGGGCUACUGAACUGGUUGUAUAGGGGCCCAUCAAAUGAUUUGAACUACAACUCCCAUUAGCCUCAGCCAGUGGGGCUGUAUGAUGCUGAGGGUGAUAGAUGUUGUAGUCCAAAAUAUUCGGAGGGCCUCAGGUCAGUGGCCCCCACUGUAGGGGCACUGAGCAACUCUGCACCUAAGUGUAACCUCUCCCAAAUAUUCAUGGCAGGAUCCAAUUCUCACAGCCAGUCACCUGUGUUGCAGUUGCCUAGCAACCAGAAUAAGGUAAAGGUAAAGGGACCCCUGACCAUUAGGUCCAGUUGUGGCCGACUCUGGGGUUGCGGCGCUCAUCUCGCUUUAUUGGCCGAGGGAGCCGGCGUACAGCUUCCGGGUCAUGUGGCCAGCAUGACUAAGCCACUUCUGGCGAACCAGAGCAGCGCACGGAAACGCCAUUUACCUUCAUGCCAGAGCAGUACCUAUUUAUCUACUUGCACUUUGAUGUGCUUUCAAAUUGCUAGGUUGGCAGGAGCAGGGACCAAGCAACGGGAGCUCACCCCGUCAUGGGGAUUCGAACCACCGACCUUCUGAUCGGCAAGUCCUAGGCUCUGUGGUUUAACCCACAGCGCCACCAGAAUACAUCCCUAGCAACCAGAAUACAUCUUCCUUAUUCAAGAAAUAUUUCUUUUUUAAAAAAUAUAUGUGGAGUACCGGUUACAUGCCUAGAGCUUUCAAAUCCUCACACAACCAUGAAACUCACCAUCUUUUAGCUUGACCUCCCGCACAAGGUCAUUGUGAAGAUCCUUCAGUGUGGCAGCAACUACAGUGGUACCUUAGUUCUCAAACUUAAUCCGUUCCGAAAGUCUGUUCCUAAACCAAAGCGUUCCAAAACCAAGGCACGCUUUCCCAUAGAAAGUAAUGCAAAACGGAUUAAUCCGUUCCAGACUUUUAAAAACAAUCCCUAAAACAGCAAUUUAACAUGAAUUUUACUAACCAGCGAGACCUUUGAUCCAUAAAAUGAAAGCAAUAACCAAUGUGCUGCACUAAAAAAUAAAUAAGUAUUGUAGAUGAUAAAAAUUAAAAUUAAUUUUUUAUUCUUACCAGCACUGAUGAUCAGUUUGGAUGGGGGGCUUUUAUCCAUUUCCGCAGUCACACAAUCAAUCAAUCAGUAGCUGAACUGGGUUCCACACAGUCACAAAAACAAAUUAACCAAAAAAAGCCUCAAAAACAAAAGCGCAAAAAAAUACAAAUUCUGUUACAUAAAAAUACAUAAAAUAAUAUUUCCAAGCUGCUUUUCAACAACUUUCCCAAGCUGGAAACAAAUAUGUAAAUCCCAUUUGAAAGCAAACAUUAAAAUAUAGCAAUUCAAAUCACAAGCCAAUUAAAAAAUGCCCUGUACCAUAAAAAUUAAGAGCACCAGGAAACCCCCAGCUGCAUGUACAAUAAAAUCUUUGAUUGAACGCCAUAGAAAAAAAUAUUCAUCCCUAGCAACCAAUGUGCCCUGGCACUUUUAUUUUUUCCUCUGCAAAGAUGGGAGCUAGAAACUUUAAAGGCAGGGAGAAAAGGGUAUCUAGGAGUCCCCAUAAGCUGCACUGGAUACCAUUUGUAAUUUCUUUGAGAUCCUGUUAGGUGGAAUAGAAAUUUUGGCAAACUAAACUUCUGCAGGGAAACAUGCUGUGCCUGAUAUGAACAAUGCGCUUCUACUCUCUCCUUCCACCCAUGGCAUAAAACAUUUAAAGAACUAUAUAGGCGUUGCCCGUGAGAACAUGCUGGGAAGCCGCAGACCAAGGUGGCUGCCAAGCUUCUUUAAUUUCUGACACCUGUAACCCAGUUUCUUUUCUAACUUUUUUAUUUUUUUCUUUUUUUUCCCUUUUUACUACCACUAAAUAUAAUUAAGAAAUAAAAAUUACAUACAUCAAUAUUUAGUUUGUUAUUUGUUAUUUACCGUCUUAUUUCCUCCCAAACAUUGCAUACAACAACACACAUAUGUGCAGACACCCACACCCCCACACAAAAUGAUAAUAAUGAAAGUAAAUUUUUUCCCCUUUUAUCUUCCAAAAUCUUUUCUUCAACUUUGACUUCCUGUCAAGUCCCUUUGCGUAUAUUUUAUCUUACAUUUGAAUGUACACAAAACAAUAAACCUUUCUAUAUAAUUUUUCUAAUACAUUCUGAAAACAUAGUAAAGGUAAAGGUACCCCUGCCCGUACGGGCCAGUCGUGACCGACUCUGGGGUUGCGCGCCCAUCUCACUUAAGAGGCCGGGGGCCAGCGCUGUCCGGAGACACUUCCGGGUCACGUGGCCAGCGUGACUAGCUGCAUCUGGCGAGCCAGCACCAGCACAGCACACGGAAACGCCGUUCACCUUCCCGCUAUAAAGCGGUACCUAUUUAUCUACUUGCACUUAGGGGUGCUUUCGAACUGCUAGGUGGGCAGGAGCUGGGACCGAACGACGGGAGCUCACCCCGCCGCGGGGAUUCGAACCGCCGACCAUACGAUCGGCAAGUCCUAGGCACUGAGGUUUUACCCACAGCGCCACCCGCGUCCCUUCUGAAAACAUAAUAAAUCCUUAAUUGUUAUCCACCUCCUUUUAGUUCCUUUAUCACUCUAAUGCUAGCACGGAGUCAAAACUAUUAGUGUAUUUUUGAACAUAUCUUCUAUAACCAUCCCAUUUUUCCACAAAUUUUUGCUUUGAGUUUCCUCUGAGUUUCCUAGUCAAUUGAGCCGUCUCCACCAAUUCCUGUAAUCUGAUUUGCCAAUCUGUUAUUUUUGGAGCCCCGUGAUCUUUCCAUCCCUUGGCCACAAGUAUACGAGCCGCUGCGGUUGCAUACAAGAAUAACUCCCUUAGAUUUUUUGGGAUCUCUUUAUCUAUAAUACUUAAUAGAAAUGCCUCCGGUUUUUUAGUAAAAGUUAUCCCCAUCGUCUUUUUUAAUUCAUCGUAUAUUUUCCCCAAAAAAGUCUUAAUCUUUUCACACGUCCACCACAUGUGGAUCAUGUCUUUUCUAACUUUUUUCUUAUGAGCACUUCCAAGUUUUAUUUCCAGGUUUGGGGGUUCCGAAUCAUUGCUUUCGGAAGCGGCGCUGAUGCAUUAGCACGGCUUUUCCCAAAGUGCGGUACAUGUGCCCCUGACCCCAGGGUUCUUAAAUUGCAUCAGCCUCUUAUCAUGCGUUUUUAAACUUCCUCUGGGUUAUUCUAUACUUCCAGUAGUUCAUCGCCUUGAAUUUUGCCUCUAGGUUUUGUUGACUGCAAAGAAUAUGUGUCGGGUCGCUGACCUUUCCACACGGCUGGGUGGAUUAGCUUCUAAGUCGUGUACGUCCUGUAGAUCUUGAGCCUCGUCUCAACUCCGAAAAGGCCUGUAGCUGGAGGGAUGACUUUUGUAGCUGGAGGGAUGUGCUGGUAGCAUAAAGGUAAAGAUAAAGGGACCACUGACCAUUAGGUCCAGUUGUGGCCGACUCUGGGGUUGCAGCGCUCAUCUCGCUUUCUUGGCCAAGGGAGCCGGCAUACAGCUUCCGGGUCAUGUGGCCAGCAUGACUAAGUCGCUUCUGGUGAACCAGAGCAGCGCAUGGAAACGCCGUUUACCUUCCCGUCAGAGCGGUACCUAUUUAUCUACUUGCACUUUGACGUGCUUUCGAACUGCUACGUAGGCAGGAGCUGGGACCGAGCAAUGGGAGCUCACCCCGUCACGGGGAUUCGAACCGCCGACCUUCUGAUCGGCAAGUCCUGCUGGUGGCAUAAAUCUCUGCAAAAUUCUCCCAACUUCAUAUCAUAGCUGUCAACUUUCAGGUUUGAAAAUAAGGUAUCAGCAGCCUCGAAAAUAAGGGAUCAGCAGCCUCACCUGUCCCGGGGACAGUCUACGGGAUAUCUAACAAUCUGGGAUAGCAGCGGGAAGUAGCGGGAAACGGCGUUGGAAUAAGGGAAUUUCCCACAAAAAAGGUUGACAGCUAUGCUUCAUAUCCCUUUUUCCUCUUUGCACAACCCUUCCAUGCUGGGCUGUUCCCAAUGAUACAGCUGGCAGUAGCUGGGCUACUUAUGACCCAGUUCUAGCUGCAAUAAUCUAAUUAGCUUCAUUAAGAAGAGAAGAUCCUUCAGAAUAAUUUGGUGUUUCUCGAAGUCUCUUUUUGCACCUUGGAGUUGUGCAGACCUCUGGAAGCUGGCUAGCGUCUCUUCAAGUACUGGGUCGAUUGUGUAUGUUGCAACAGGUUCCUUUCCUGCUGGAGUGUGCAGGUUCAUUCUUUUCUUUGUUUACAAUCUCUUUAUUCUGCCCAAUAUAAAUGAACGGCAUUCAUGCUAGAGCUAGAAGGGGACCAGGUGUGUGUGUGUGUGACGUGGUAGUAUCAAAGCAUAAUGCUGUGCUCAAAACGAUGUACCCCAGAGGUUGCGAUCAUGUGCGAUUCUUGCAAAUGUUGAAUUGUGUGGCAAUAAGGCUGAAUCAGAGAGAUCUACCUUGCAGAAGAGGCAUCUGACGCAGAAAAGCAUUGUUUGCCUUGGAGAGAGGUGGGACUUUGCACAAUGGGCACGACCAGAUCUCGUAAUUAAGAACAUUUGGCAAGUCAGUUUUGCUGGAUCCAUCACGGCUUUCUCGGUGCCAGCUCCCAGACUUUGGAACUCCCUCCCUGGAGAAGCUAGACUGGCUCCCUCCUUGCUGUGAAGACCUCCUUGUUCCACCAGGCUUUGGGGAACAGACUGCUCUUAAUUAAUGGACUGAUGUGCUGUUGUUAGUGUUGCACGCCAUUCUGAUCUCUGAGCAGUGAGAGAUUCCAGGCGCAAUUUCCUAGGGUCCAUGGUUUAUUUACACAUACCGUACUUUUCCAUCUAUAAGACUCAAAUUUAAGAAAAUGGGGGGGGGGGGGGAGAGAUGACACAGAGUUGUUGAGCUUUUUUGGGAGGGAUUACCCAAGGGUUCUUGAGCUUUUUUUAGGGGGGAUUGCUGAAAAUCGCUCACCCGCACGUGUCACAAGAUCCGCCUCCCCUAUGUCCCACCGCCGGCAGAAGCUGCCAAUCACCCGCCCAACUGCCGGAGCAUCAGCCAGUCAACACCACCCACUGACGCAGCAACCAAUAACACGCACAAUAGCCGCUGACAGCUAUGGCAACAACCAAUCAAAUGUCCAUCCUAUGCACUGCCCAUGUGUAAGAUGACCCCCCACUUUUAUGAAUGGGGGAAAAAAUCUUAUACACGGAAAAGUACGGUAUAUACAACCUGAGCCUACAAUGCAGGGGUUCCCAGCGUUACACUCAAAGAAGGUCUUCCCAGUUCCAUAGGCACACUCCUGGAUCCAAACAGACAUCAGACAUCAGCCAAUUCAUUGUGUUGUCCUAAUACAGGGAUAGUCAACCUUUUUAUACCUACCGCCCACUAAUGCAUCUUGAUGUAAAAUUUCCUUACCGCCCACCAGUGCUCAAUGGAAGGAGGAUUCAGCUUGUGCCAUAGAACCCCCUACCGCCCACCUAGAAUCCUGAAACACCCGCUAGUGGGCAGUAGGAACCAGGUUGACAACCCCUGCCCUAAUAGCACAUCUCUAGCCUAUUGCUUAACACAGAAGGUCAGCCUGCCUUAAUUCGCACUUGACACUUGGCUUAAUUAAAGCAUCAUCAGUGUCUAGCACACACUGGGUCUAUUUAGCCAGUUUUAACAGUUCAAACAUUGAUUAAAUUCUAACACUACUGGUUUCGGGAACUUAGGGUGUCUGGCACCCACAAACUUACAACUUAUUGUAAUUAUUUGUGUGUCUUAAACUGAUUUUAUAUAUGCAUAGAGUUUUAAUUCUAAUAAUGUUUACUUGUUGUUUUCUAUGUUUUUAGUGAUUCUUGUUUUUAUCUGUUAGCCGCCUUGAGUCAUGUUAGGGGGAAAGGCGGGGUAUAAACAAACAAACAAACAAAAAUACCCCCCUUGUGGAACUACAAUUCCCAGAGUUUGCUAGGAAGGGGGAUUGAUUGUUAAGCCACCCUGGGAACUGCAGCUCUCAGCACCCUUAACAAACUAUAAUUCCUAGGAUUCAGGGAAAGCCAAUGGUUGUUUAAAGUGGUACGAUACUGCUUAAAAUGUAUAGUGGAGAUAGCUAUUUUAUUUGGAAAUAAGUCCCACAGUAUUCAACAGGAUUUAACUUCUGGGGAUGUCUUGGUCGAAUUAUAGAAAAGUGUGAGAGCAAAACUCUGUAACGGGAUCCUAAAUCUUUACACACCCACCCUCUGUGUUUUUCAUUUUUCUCCUCAGUUCCGUGAGAACAUCCAGGAUAUCUUUCCUCUGAUGCCUAUCACAGAGGACUACUAUCUCUUGAAAUGGCUCCGAGGUAAGAAGGCCUGGGGGCUGUUUGCUUUGUGCCAGGAAACACUUGAUGUACUGGUUAGCUCAAUAACAUCUGCACCAACUGGCUGUGACUCUCUAGGAUUCCAGGUGGCCCUUUGGUCUAAACCACUCUUGGACUUGCCAAUCAGAAGGUCAGUGGUUGUAAUCCCUGUGACGGGGUGAGCUCUUGCUCUGUCCCAGCUCCUGCCAACCCAGCAGUUCGAAAGCACACCAGUGCAAGUAGAUAAAUAGGCACCACUGUGGCAGGAAGGUAAACGGCGUUUCCGUGCGCUCUGGUUUCCGUCACGGUGUCCUGUUGUGCCAGAAGCAGUUUAGUCAUGCUGGCCAUUGGACCUGGAAAGCUGCCUGUGAACAAACGCUGGCUCUCUUGGCCUGAAAGCAAGAUGGGCGCCGCAACCCCAUAGUCACCCUUGACUGGACUUAACCAUCCAGGGGUUCUUUCUCUCCCAGCACUACCUGGAGAUGCUGGGGAUUGAACCUGGAAUCUUUUGCAUGAGCUAUAGUCCCUUUUCUCUGGUUCUUUGGUGGUUUUUGUAGACUUGCCUCUGCAAGUGCUCCCAAGUGUAAAUAUACACAGGCCAUUGCAGGAACAAGAGGGGGAGAGAGAGAGAGAGAGAGAGAGAGAGAGAGAGCGCUUAUCUUCCCUAACUGGGAUGAACGGAGAGAGUUGUGUUCUUUUAUCACCCAAGAUUCCUUUGCUUGCACUUUCUCUGUUUGGUAAAGUCCAAAAACCAGAACGUACCAGGCACGGGCUUUGCAUUAAACACAGCGGGUCCACAAAGAGGCAGAUCUUGUUCAGAACUCCAAGGCCGGGCCCAGGUGACUGAGUGCUCAAUCCAGAUAACAUUUUUAUUAAUGUGUGCAGCUAGCCAUGGUCAUGCAAACUCGGUACAGAGUCCCCUGUUCUUUUUUAAACGGAGACACCAACCUAAUAUGUUUCAGGUCUGAUAUGAGUGUUUCUCAACCUCUUCCAGCCCAUACCCCCUUUUAGCUAACGUAAAAAUCCCACAUUUCUCUUUUAAGCCUGGCUCCUCUAAUUAUUUUAUUUAACUUUUCCAAUGGAUUGAAGUUUUGUGACUUUUAUUUAUUACUUAUAUCUGCCUAUAUACAUAAAAACGUAAGGCUGUUGCCAUGAUGCAGUUUGUGCGGCUGCCAAGUCCCACAGGAGGAAUGGCAGGCCGGCAAGCGAGUGAACGGGGAGGAGCAGGGGUGCUUCACACAGCGUUUAGCUUUGUGAAGCGGUGAGGCACUUUGUGAAGUGGCUCCCCGGUCAUUUAAAAGGGGGAAGGGCCUUGGAUUGAGCUGGGGAGAGGAAUAGGUGAGGGGGUGGGUGAGGUGUAAAUGGCGUGGAGGGAGUCUAGCAAAGGAGCAGGUGGGUUGGUGAGCGGAGUGAGCAGGGGCAGCAGUCCCUAGUGGUACAAUUUUUUAAAAAAAUGCUUACCCCACCCACCCUGAGAUCUUCCUACACCCUCCUGGAUAAGAAGCACAAUGCCAGAUGCUUUAGACUACAGCUCCCAUCAUCCCAGGCCAUUUCUUCUUCUCACUGGGGCUGAUGGGAGCAGAUAGUUUUGUGGUGUUUUUUGUUAAUCUGAUUGGGAAUGUUUCCACUUGCUUCCGGAAAUUUCCUGUUGCUUUAGAUCAAGGCUAGUCAAUGCGGUGAACACCAGACAUUGUUGGACUACAACUCCCAGCAGCCCCAGCCAGCCUGGCAAAGUGGGCAGAGGCAAUGGGAGUCGUAGUCCAAAACAUCUGGAGGGCACCAGGUGGGGGAAUGGGGGACUUGGAGCAUAUUUUUAUUAGGCGACUCAUAAUCAAAAUAAACUGGAUAAUUUUUAAAAUCUCUCUUUCCUUCCCCAUGAUGGCUCACCACAUUGCUGUCUCUGUUUUAUUACGUUUAUAUGCCAGCUUUGCUCCAAGUAGCUCGAAGUGGCACACACGGUUUCCCUCCUCUCCACUUUAUCCUCACAGCAAACCUGUGAGGUAGGUUAGGGCUGAGCUGCGUGGCAGGGAAGAGCUUUGCAGUAAGUGCAAUUACACCCACAAUCAGAGUUUCUCCUUCAAGUCCGCCAGACUCUUAUUUCAACCAGUUCUGCCGCUUGAGACUCUGCCCUGGAGUUUCUGCCUGUUAGGAAGAUAAGGCUCUCCAGUGAGAGAUUAAAAAUUAUCAGGCUGUUAUCGCAGCCUUAUCUUCCCUUCCCUGACCCCUGAUAUUCUCUGAAGUCCUGUUAGCCCUGUGCUGCAAUGGAGAGAUGUUGCAACACAAGGGGCCGGUCCUACCAUUAGGCGUCGGAAGCCAUUCCCCAUCUUUCUCAGCUGAUGCCCUUGUGAACAUACCACUGAGCUGUGUCCCUUCCUCAAAUGGUGGUGCUAAUAACAUAUGUAUAAGAGUAUUGAGAACCAGUGUGGUGUAGUGGUUAAGAGCGGUAGACUUGUAAUCUGGGGGAACCGGGUUCGCGUCUUUGCUCCUCCACAUGCAGCUGCUGGGUGACCUUGGGCCAGUCACACUUCUCUGAAGUCUCUCAGCCUCACUCACCUCACAAAGUGUUUGUUGUGGGUGAGGAAGGGAAAGGAGAAAGUUAGCUGCUUUGAGACUCCUUAGGGUAGUGAUAAAGCGGGAUAUCAAAUCCAAACUCUUCUGUUUUUAGGAGUGUACGGAGCUGCCUUAUGCCAAGUCAAACCAAAGGUCCACCUAGCUCAGUAUUGUCUACACAGACUGGCAGCAGCUCUCUGGGGUUUCAAGGCAGGGGUCUCUCCAGCCCUAAGUGGGAUUGAACCUGGGACCAAGGCAGAUGCACUACUGCUGAGCUAUGAUCUUUCCCACUAAAUCACCAACAGGGGACCCAGUUCACUCCCCGAGAGUGAAAAUGUGUGUUUAAGGCCCUCGGGUGAGCCCUGCUGGAUCAGGCCAAAGACCCAUCUGGUCCAGCAUCCUGUUCCCACAAUAGCCAACUCCUAGUCUCAUUGUUGAGCAACAGCCUGCAGAGCUUAGUGGAGUGGGAGACCAGCCAACUAGAAGGUGUCUCUGAGAUGUCCUCCAAAGUCAGGUCCAGUCCUAGGGUCAGCCAAACAGCAAACCAUGUGGUCAGGGAAUCCGAUGAUCACGUGGGGUAAAGGGUCAAGAUGAGCAGAAAACAGCAAGGUAGGGUGGGACGCGGGUGGCGCUGUGGGUUAAACCACAGAGCCUAGGACUUGUCGAUCAGAAGGUCGGCAGUUCGAAUCCCCGCGACGGGGUGAGCUCCUGUUGCUCGGUCCCUGCUCCUGCCAACCUAGCAGUUUGAAAGCACAUCAAAGUGCAAGUAGAUAAAUAGGUACCACUCUGGCGGGAAGGUAAAUGGCGUUUCCGUGUGCUGCUCUGGUUCGCCAGAAGUGGCUUAGUCAUGCUGGCCACAUGACCCGGAAGCUGUACGCUGGCUCCCUUGGCCAAUAAAGCGAGUUGAGCGCCGCAACCCCAGAGUCGGUCAUGACUGAACCUAAUGGUCAGGGGUCCCUUUACCUUUACCUAGGGCCAGGAACUACAAGCAUUGUUUACAGCCUCCGACUGCUGCUGGAAACUCUGCUUAAGGUGGCUGAAGCCAGCUGGUUCCCAUCAGCACCUUCUCCUCUGUGUCCUUGAAAGCUGAUCAGCUGCGGGUGGGGUCUCCCCCUUCAGGCUGCUGUUCAGCAGGCGAAGCAGACUCCUGGCCCAUGUCAUUCUGAGGCAUUUCCUUCUUCCAACAGUGGAGGCAGAACGUGGCCGCUGAGGUUGGUCCUCAUCCAUGAAUUGGCCUGAAUCCCCUUUAAAGCCAUCCAAGUUGGCCACCACUACUUCUUGGGGGAACAAAUUCCAGAGGUUAGCUCCUGGAUCAGUCUCGGUCCAGUAUACCUGAAGGAGCGCCUCCACCUCCAUCGUUCUGCCUGGACACUGAGGUCCAGCUCUGAGGGCCUUCUGACAGUUCCCUCGCUGCGAGAAGCCAAGUUACAGGGAACCAGGCAGAGGGCCUUCUCGGUAGUGGCACCCGCCCUGUGGAACGCCUUCCCACCAGAUGUCAAAGAGAAGAACAACUACCAAACUUUUAGAAGACAUCUGAAGGCAGCCCUGUUUAGGGAAGCUUUUAAUGUUUAAUAGGUUAUUGUAUUUUAGUGUUUCGUUUAGUGGCAAACCCAGCCAGAUGGGUGGGGUAUAAAUAAUAAAUUAUUAUUAUUAUUAUUAUUAUUAUUAUUAUUAUUAUUAUUAGCUGCCUUUUUCUGAACCUGUUCCAGGCCUUGCCACCUGGCCUACUUGCCCUUUUGGCCUGGUUUUAAUCAGGGAAAACCUUCCGAAGGAUAAGAGUCCAUUGAUCAGAUUCAGGUGCUCUGCCCGUCACCUGGAAUCUGCCAGAAAGGGUUGCCUCUGGCUGGGAAGCCUCUGACUUGACCUGACCAGGACAUCUCCCUCCCCUACCCCCCUUCUCUCUCUCCCUAAGAUGGGUCCUGACCUUCGAAAUAAACUUGGUUCUUGCAAGCUGCUUCCCUCUGGUUCAUUAGCAUGCCUUGGGUGUGAUCCUACUUGUUGAAAGGGAGAUGUUGUCGAGGUGUGAUUAAUCCUUGAAGGCGCUGGCUGUGAAGAGCCGCCCACUUAAUCCCUGAUUAUGUUCCGCUGAGAAUAAAAACUGGAUCAGGCACUCCCCAUCUGACUCCGAUACCCUGGGGGCUAAUUAACAGGUUGCACCAGCUCCUGCGGCAACGUAUAGUGACCAGCUGCCUGCUUGUCCCACAAGCAAUUGUACAGCUGAUGUUUAUAAGGUCAGAGGUGAAAUGGUGACCUCUGUUGCAGGAUUUUGUAAUGGUUUUGCAAACAUCAAUGAUAUAUAGAACAGUAGAGCUGAAAUUCAGCCCUGAGUGCUCACUCAGGAAGAACAGAUCCUGAAGCUGAGGCUCCAGUACUUUGGCCACCUCAUGAGAAGAGAAGACUCCCUGGAACAGACCCUGAUGUUGGGAAAGAUGGAGGGCACAAGGAGAAGGGGAUGACAGAGGACGAGAUGGUUGGGCAGUGUUGUCGAAGCUACCAGCAUGAGUUUGACCAAACUGCAGGAGGCAGUGGAAGACAGGAGUGCCUGGCGUGCUCUGGUCCAGGGGGUCACGAAGAGUCGGACACGACUAAAUGACUAAACAACAACAAGAGCUGGAAUGAACCUCAAGGUUCAUCUAGUUCAGGGGUCAGCAAACUUUUUCAGCAGGGGGCCGGUCCACUGUCCCUCAGACCUUGUGGGGGGCCGGACUAUAAGCCACCCUCCCACGACUCUCCCCUCCCUUCUCCACAGCACUGGAUGAGCCCCGGUGGCUGCUUACCUGUGUCUUGCGAGCGGCAGGGGCUGGCGGCUGUGGCGGUGGGAUGAUGAGCGGUGCACGAAAGGGUUCUGGAGAGAGGCUGCUUAAAAUGGCGGCCACUCGAGCGCUGCUGCUGUUGGCACCAGCAAAGCCCAGCCCCCUUCCUCCUCUAGGCAGGGCGGGGAGAAGCCAGGAGGGAGGGAGGGAGGAGGCGCCGCCACCGCUGUGGGAGGGAGAGGGAAAGAACGUGCGCGCUGCCGAUCCACGCAGCGAUUCCCGGACCAUCCUCAGGCCGGAUCCAGAAGGCAGUUGGGCCUGAUUUGGCCCACGGGCCUUAGUUUGCCGACUUUCAACCCUCUGCAAUUCAGGAAUUGCAGCUGAAGAAUUCCACUGCUAAACAGCUCUUGGCAUCAUUCCUAACGUUUAGCCAGAAUCUCCUUUCUUGUCAUUUGAAUCUGUUAGUUCAGGUUCUGCAGAAAACAAACUUGCUCCAUCUUCCAUGUGACAGCCCUUCAGAUAUCUGAAGAUGAAAUGGUCACGUUUGCUGUGAGGAGGAGUGAUAGGAAAGCAGAAAUAAAUAAAAGUGGAGACUCUGGGGCCAAAUGACGCUUGUUCAGCAUGUCGCUUUGAAGUUGGGCAAAUCUUUGUUUACUGCAAAUGGCAGCUGUGGGGAAUCCGUUUUUGAAAUGCAGCGACCUUGCUUGUUUAUUGGAAGCAUUUGCCCUUCAGAUAGAAGCACAUCUGGAAAUGGGUGCAAAUAGGGUGCAAACCAAAACAGCUGGGUGUUACCUUUUAGCACAGGUGUUUUGCAGGUUAGUCUCUAACCAUUCAUGAUCUUCUUUGCAGCUCGGUGUUUUGACUUGCAGAAGUCUGAAGCUAUGCUCCGGAAGGUAAGAGGCUUAUUAUUAUAAAUAUCAAAACAGAUGCAUGCAAAUUGAAACUUCACACUGAUAAUUUGUAUAAUGCAGUGGUUCAAAAACAGUGGUCUAAGUGCCUCUUCAUUCAAGUAGUCUGCAGUGUGACUGCGGAUUUGAAGGCAGGAGAGGGCACGGCUGUUGUGUUACAUAUUCAUAUUGAUUUUUAAUUGCAUUUUUAAUGCUUGUGUUUCUUUACCUUGUAUUUUAUGACAUUGUAUAAAAUACCGUAAUAUUAUUUUAUUUCUUUGCAUUCUCUGGAAUUGUAAUACAGCAAAAUGCACUAUAUAUGAGAAAGCAAUAAAAAUACAAUUAAAAAUCAUGCAGCCCCUAGUAAAAUGUUGCACCACAUCCACAACAGGCAGAAAAAUAAUUAAGUAGUCCAUCAAGACCCUCAGGAAUUUUCAAUUUUUUAUUUUGGGUGUGUGGGGGGGGGGGAGGUCGAGGAUUGUUGGUAUAAUGCAUCCCAGCAGGCCCAACAUAUCAUAGAGUACAUUGGGUCCCAAAAGGCGUUGUAAAAGUGGCCUCGUUUGCAUAUAACAACUUAGGGGCUGCCACAGAGAAGGCCCUCUUCUGGGCUCCCACCCCCCUGAACUUUUGAGCGCUGAUCUUCACUCCCAGGAGUGUCUGUAGGGAAGGAGAUGGCCUUUCUGGAAAUAGGGCCUUAAGGAUUUAGGACUUUAUAAACACCUUGAAUAGGGCCUGAAAACAAACCAGCAGCCAGUGCUGCUGUCUGAGAACAGCGGAUGUAUGAGCUCUAAGGUUAACGCCAGCCCAUAAUCUGGCAGCUGCAUUUUGGGCCAGUUGCCAUUUCUGCGUUGUCUUCAAGGGCAGCCCAACGCAGUGUGCACUGCAUCCCAGUCAUCUGGAAGAGGCCUAAGAUGACCUAUGUCUGUCCACCAUUUGUCUUCUUCACUAAUAGCUUUCUCUUUUUGGUUUUCCCCCCCAAAACAGCAUAUUGAAACCCGGAAGCACAUGGAUGCAGAUCAUAUCAUAGAGUGGAAGGCCCCAGAGGUGCGUUCCUAAUUUAUUGGCUUCGUCCAUAUGUCUGAUCCUGCCCCAGCUUCCCCAAAUUUUCCUCUUACACAUAUCCAGCUGCCUCUUUACCCUCGGCCUGCUCACCUGCUUGUAUAUUGGCCCCCACAGGUCAUUACAAAGUACAUGGCCGGGGGAAGAUGCGGUUUCGACCGGGAAGGCUGCCCCAUCUGGUACGAGAUCAUUGGACCUCUCGACGCCAAAGGGAUCCUCUUCUCGGCUUCAAAACAAGAUUUGCUUAAAAAAAAGUUCCAGGACUGUGAGAUUUUACGGCAGCUGUGUGUGGAGCAGAGUGAGAAGGUAAGACCUUGGUACCAGCCUAGAAUGCCUGAUUUCAUGUCCGCCACAUUCAUGUCAUACAGGCAACAACCAAUUUUACAUGUGUCCGAUUGAUGCGUGACCGCGCAUGCGCAUCCAAUAUUUCUCCAAUGAAAAUAGGGACAUCCAACUUCAAUAAUAAUAAUAAUAAUAAUAAUAAUAAUAAUUUAUUAAUAUAUUAUUACCCUGCCCAUCUGACUGGGUUGGCCCAGCCACUGUGGCCUGCUUCCAACAUAUAUAAAAACAUAAUAAAAUAUUAAACAUGCUUGCUAUUACAGGGCUGCCUUCAGAUGUCUUCUAAAGGUCGUAUCCUUAUCUCCUUGGCUCAGGGGGUUGCAUAACUCCGUACCCUCCAACAUUUCUCCAAUGAAAAUAGGGACGUCCUAAGGAAAAAUGAGACAUUCCGGGAUCAAAUCAGAAACUGGGACUCCGGCUUCUGUAAAUCUGGGUCUGUCCCUGGGAAGUAGGGCGCUUGGAGGGUGUGCAUGCGUGCACCACAGUGACCCGGAAGUGGCUGAAAAAGGGGUCGUAACAGGACAGGGCAUAAUGGGUUUAUGCAUGCACCACCGUUGCACAUGAUGUCCUGGAACACAACCCCCAUGCAAAUCGGAGAUUGCCUGUACUUUUAAAGCACCACAAUACAACUUUAAACAGUCAUGUUUUUUUUCUUCCCCUUCCCCUCACAAAGCUACAAUUCCCAGAUAUGUUUGGCAAGCUUUCCCUCUUCGCGGGGAACUCCAGGAAUGGUAGCUCUGUGAGGAGGAAUAUCGGGGUCUCUCCUAACAACUUUCAGCACCCGUAACAAACCACAGCUCUCACAGCUCUUUAAGCGCACUUAACAAACCACAGUUCUGGCAGGCUUGCCUUAACAUUCCUAAGAGCUCUCCUUUAAAAUGUAGUCUUCUGCAUGUGGUCGCCUGUUACAUUUGCUGUGAAUUUUUUGUGCGGAAUUCUUCAGCGCAGUCACCUACCAACAUUCUGGCCAUGGGAUGGCGGGGUAUCCGAUCUCAACUGCUAUAUUUAAAGAAUAGUCACCGUCCUGCCAACCUGGUGCCACCCGGAUGUUUUUGGACUGUAAUUUCACCCUAGCCAGGACAGUUUAAAGACAUUGUCCAAAACGACUGCAGGGGGUUCGGUCCCUUCUGACUCUACAAUUCUAUGAUUCUGAAAUAUACUCGGAGUCGAGAGUGGAUUUCAUGCUCUUUAUUCAGCUCCUAGUGGUGAGGAGGAAUGGAAGUUCCCCCAGAAUGUCUGCUUUAUAUACAUUAUUUACACAAUGGGCCCCACGUGAUUGGCUAAUUCCGGGAUUCACCUGUAGGCCAAUCAGGUUGCGGAUUCACUUCCACCUGGAGCUGGAUUGGGUGGCUCCUGUGGACCAAUCAGACUGCUGCGUUCUGAAUCCUAUUGUUCUAGGACCAAUCAGACUGCUGCCUUUUGGAUCCUAUUCAACUCAGUACAUAACAGAUUCUAUGAUUACAUCUGGAGGACACCAAUGUGGCAAAAGAGAGGGGGAGGAAUGGUUUUAGAUGUUUUUGCCUAAAGCAUGUUUCGUCUUCUCUCUCUCUCUCUCUCUCUCUCUCUCUCUCUCUUUAAAGCUGGGGAGGAGAGUUGAAACAGUCAUGAUGAUUUACGAUUUUGAAGGGCUGGGCCUGAAGCAUCUCUGGAAGCCAGCUGUGGAUGCCUAUUCUGAGGUGAGAAUGGCAGGGAAUCCACCCCCAUUGCAUCUCUGAAUGACUGUAUCUGCUGUUUGGGGUGCAGUUUUAGUCCUGUAUCUUUGUCCCAAGAAUUCCCUCCCCACAGAAUUGUUUGUGGCACCUUCAGUAUGUCAUAUGCUAGAGACACAUCUCUCCCCUCCCACCCUGAAUACUGUAUUUUUUGCUCUAUAAGACUCACUUUUUCCCUCCUAAAAAGUAAGGGGAAAUGUGUGUGUGUCUUAUGGAGCGAAUGCAGGCUGCGCAGCUAUCCCAGAAGCCAGAACAGCAAGAGGGAUUGCUGCUUUCACUGCGCAGCGAUUCCUCUUGCUGUUCUGGCUUCUGAGAUUCAGAAUAUUUUUUUUCUUGUUUUCCCCCUCCAAAAACUAGGUACGUCUUGUGGUCUGGUGCGUCUUAUAGAGCAAAAAAUACGGUAUAUUUAUUUGAUUUUUCCAUUUUAAAAUUUACAUUCACACAUCGUAUUACAGUCAUACCUCGGGAUAAAUACGCUUCAGGUUGAGCGCGUUCGGGUUGCGCUCCGCAGCGACCCAGAAGUAAUGCAGAUUACUCGGAAGUAAAGUGAGAUGAGAGCCACAACUCCAGAGUCAUCUGCGACUGGACUUAACUGUCAGGGGUCCUUUACCUUUAAAUGUUAGUGAAUCUAGAUACAUUAAUUGCUUCCAUAAUUUGGCAUGUAAAGCACCUCUGAAAUGUUUUCCUGACUCAUUUUCCCCCCUACCCUUUCAGCUCCUUGCCAUGUUUGAAGAGAACUAUCCUGAGUCCCUUAAACAAGUCUACGUUAUAAAAGGUGAGCUUUGGAAGCAAAACUUGGGGUGGAAAACCCCUUUAAAGCCUGAGGACGUCAUGGGAAAUCUUUGGGGACCACAUGCCACUCAGUCGAUUUCUUUGCCCCUGUUACAGCUCCCAGGCUCUUCCCCGUGGCUUACAACCUGGUGAAGCACUUUCUGAGCGAAGAUACUCGCAAGAAGAUCGUGGUCCUAGGAGGUGAGUAAGAUCUGCCUUUGCUGGUUUCAACAUUUCUAGGAAACGGGAAACAUAACAGAGGGAGAGCCGAGUACUCCCCCUCCCCCCAAAAGACCAAACCGUCCCCCCCAUAAAAUGUGGCAAGCGAAGCAAAUACAAGUGUGUUAAGCCCCUGCUGUUUGGACUCUGCAUUUAAUACCUUGCUAGCUUUCUCCUUGGGUGCAUAUCACCCAUUUCUUUCCUGGUUGUGUACACAGCACAUGGAAAUCAUAGGAACAUAGGAAACUGUCUUCUACAGGCUUGGAUCAUUGGUCCAUCCAGCUCAGUAUUGUCUGCACUGACUGGCAGCAGCUCUCCAGGGUUUCAGGCAGGAAGUCUCUCCCAGCCCAAGCUGGAGAUGCUGCCUUUGGGGAUUGAAGCUGGGACCUUCUGCAUGCAAAACGGAUGCUCUGCCACUGAGUCAUGAGCCAUUUCCCUACAACAGCUAUAAAGGUAAAGGGACCCCUGACCGUUAGGUCCAGUCGUGACUGACUCUGGGGUUGCAGCGCUCAUCUCACUUUAUUGGCCGAGGGAGCCGGCGUACAGCUUCCGGGUCAUGUGGCCAGCAUGACUAAGCCGCUUCUGGCAAACCAGAGCAGCGCACGGAAACACCAUUUACCUUCCCGCCGGAGCGGCACCUAUUUAUCUACUUGCACUUUGACGUGCUUUUGAACUGCUAGGUGGGCAGGAGCUGGGACCGAACAACGGGAGCUCACCCCGUGGCGGGAUUUGAACCGCCGAUCUUCUGAUCGACAAGCCCUAGGCUCAGUGGUUUAGACCACAGCACCACCUGCGUCCCACAACAGCUAUAUGAAGAAGCUAAAUUGGGAUCUGCCAGUUGAUCUUUAGAUGGCUUGAAGGCCAUUGACAAAGAUUCUCAGACUGAAGGUGUUCCCAAUUAAGGAGUCUACCCACUUCCUCCCUAGUCACUUGCGACCUGGUCUCUCAACCACCUUGCUUUUUGUGUUGCCACCUUAUCUGCUCUACGUGACCUUGGACUGAUAGGCUGGACACCUUCCAGCGAGAGACAGUCUGUUAGCUCUCUCUCUUCUGGUUCUUCUUCACUUUGCUGUUCACCCCCCAGUUCUUCCCAACUUUUGUCUUCAAAACUAUGCCCCUCUGCAAACCGCUGCUCCAAAUCUAUACUGCUCCACUGCUCCUGGGCAGGAGCAGGGGAAGGCUCCCACCAUUCCUCAUCAGAGCAGUACUCCUUAGCUUGGUCUCUGAGAAUUAUAUUGUUAAACAAAUCAAGUGGGAGACUACAAAUGGAUUUGUGCGCACCCAGCUCUACUGCUCAAAAGUAAAACUCCUGUGCUUGGAGUCUUCUAAAUCGGAGUGUUGUUUGCUCCUGGCUCCUAUUCGCGGAUCUGGGGAAUUCUACUCUACUAAAGCAAAGCAAAGUUGAUCCCGAAAGCCUGAUGUUUGCCCAGUGCUUACCCAUGUGAGCCAAGCUUAUUCUGUAUUGGUUUGGGAAUUUGGUUCCUCUGAAUUUCAGCCAAGGCUCUGUGUCUGUCUGGAGGCAUACAUGACGUCUCUUCUUAGAAACAGUUGCUUGCUCUGUAAAUCACCACCCUGAAGUCCCAAGCUGGGAGGAAAAGGUUCCUCCUCCUUUCUCUGGGACCUAUCCUUCCUCUGUAUGGCUGAAGGGAAAUUUAAAGCAGAUUGCCUAAGGCUCCUCCUGCCGCUGCCUGGCUAGGUAUGUCUUUUUCCAAGUCCCUCGUUUUUACCCUGCAGCAGACAUCAUAAGGCUUCCCUGUAUUCUGGGCAGCAGAAAUGAAUGAAUGAAUGAAUGAAUCCAUUCAGAAAAUCUGCCCUUAGCUGUUUAAAACUCCACUCCACAGUCAUAUAUGGGAGCAGAGCUGUUAGCCACAGGAAGACAGAGCAAUUAUUCCACUCGCCCACCACCUGCCUCAUAUUUUUUUUAGCUUCCCCUUUAAAAGUAAAUUUGCCAUAUCCCUAUCUUCUUUUAACUUCUGGCAAUGUAAAACAGCAAAUCCACACAAGCAGCAUCCCUGCCCCAGUUGCACAGCAAUCUUCCACCGUUCUGGCCCAUCACUGCAAAGGUACAGGGAUGGCUGGGAGCUGUGGUUCAAAAAUAUCUGGAUGACACCAGCUUAGGGAAAGGCUUGGUGUACGCCUCUUUAUUUAUUUAGAGACAUUUGCGGCCCGCUCUUCAGCCAAAGGGGGGGGGGGAGCUCUUGGAGUGGCUCACAUCCAAUCACUUAGAACAAGACAGUCUCCGCCCAUGACACACAAGGGAAAAGGGAUGGGGAGGGAAGAGGAAAAAAGCAAACUCAGGCCACCAAUUCUUAAACAGUUGUUUGUAUAGCAGCCAGCUGGUAUUUUAUAUUGUGAACCACUCUGUGAUCUUCGGAUGAAGGGUGGAAUAUAAAUUUAAUAAAUAAAAAUAAUAGAAAUAGUUCUUGGGUGGAAGGUGCCUGAUGGAGCUGGUCUUUUGGCAGAGCUGAUGGAAUGGCUGUUGACAGGUGCUAGUUAAGGGAGAGGAGGGCUGAGAGAUUGUCAAUACCAAAUAUAAAAACAUGCACAGAACAUUAUUGUUGUUUUGGAGGUGGGGAUGGUUAGAAAGUAUUUGGGGGAGGGAACUCUAGUAUGUUACUAUCCGCCUCAACCAACCAAGGCUGAAAUCACACAGCAGUUCUCAUCUUAUAUUUGAACUUUCUCACCACGUAAAAGCCAUUUCCAAAAAAACCAAUGGAGUACAGUGCAUCUUUAGUGCUCUUUUCUGCAUUAUCUGAUUCCAGGGGGAAAUCUUAUUAGCAGACCCCUUAAGCCGGAAUAUCAUGGGAGGAAAUUGAUGACAUUUGGGGCAGUUCUUUCCUGCCAUUUUUGAGGGGAUCACAGGGGAACUGAAGCCCAUUUGUGUGUGAAAAGGGUCGGGGUAGUGGCGUUGACAUUCACCACUGUGUCACAUGACGCCCGCAAGUGUGAUUAAACAACGUACCAGUAUAUUAUUUUAAAAGCCACAAUUACCAACAGCUACUACAGUGCAAAAGGAACAUUAGAAAGCCAUACCAAAGCACCCAUGUUAUAAUUAGGAACCCUAAAAGUAUCUAAUGAGCAGAGUUCAAAUGGCUGUUUUUUAAAUAUAUAAAACUGUUGAAUAUUUUUGUUUUUAUAAAACUCUAUAAAGGGAAUCUUUGUAUGCAUUACUACUUAAUCUGUGUACAUUUGUCCUUUCAGACUAUGAUGCUUUGUUGUUUAAUUUUUAAUUUUUUUGUUUUCUUGUUAUAUUUGGUUUUUGUUUUUUGUUUUUGUUAACAAAUCAAUUAUUAAAAUAAAAACACUAACUAACACAGUACUCCCUAAAUGCACCCCAAAUCUUGCCAAGGCUUUGUGUUGAGACGCUGGCUAGGAUACGACACAGACAGCUAGCGGCUUAUACAAAAUCUGGCAGAUUGGAGGAGGGGAAAAUAUUGGUGGUUUUUGGACUGUGGACUCCAGGGACUUUUGCUUACCUGGUUAGUGAGACUAAUGUUUGCCCUCAGAGGCCCACCUGGGCCAGCGACCGAGGAAUGUUCCCUGAAAAGUGACCGCAAGGUUGCUGACCUGUUCAGCCGCUGCGUUCUCAACAGCAGGGUGCAGGAGGGAUGAGAGAGAAAUGAGCUGGCUCAAUGAAUCAUAAAAUUGGAGAGUUGAAUGGUACACCAAGGUUCAUCUAGUCCAACCCCUGCAAUGCAGGAAUGACAGCUGAAGAAUCCCUGGCAGACGGCCUUCCAGCCUCUAUUUAAAAACCUCCAGUGAGGGAAAGCCCACCACUUUCUGAGGUAGUCCAUUCCACUGUUGAAAGGUUCUUACCACCAGAAAGUUCUUACUGAUGCUGUUGGAAUCUCCUUUCUUGUACAGUGGUACCUCUGGUUACGUACUUAAUUCGUUCCGGAGGUCCGUUCUUAACCUGAAACUGUUCUUAACCUGAAGCACCACUUUAGCUAAUGGGGCCUCCUGCUGCCGCCGCGCGAUUUCUGUUCUCAUCCUGAAGCAAAGUUCUUAACCCGAGGUACUAUUUCUGGGUUAGCGGAGUCUGUAACCUGAAGCGUAUGUAAUCCGAGGUACCACUGUAAUUUAAAUCCAUCGCUUCUGGCCCUAACCUCUGGAGCAGCAGAAAACAAGCUUGCUCCAUUUCCCACAUGACAGCCCUUUAGAUAUUUGAAGAGUAGGUGUCAGCUCUGGAGAAUAUUGACCUUUGCUGGUUAAUCUCCAGCUUUUUCAUAAUCCCCUUAGACCAGGGGUCGGCAAUCUAAGGCCCACGACACUGGCCUGCUUCCUAUUGGCUGCAGGAAGCUCCUGCGGCCAAUGGGAAGCUGCGCACGCCUCCUCUGCGCUGGAAGGAGCACCAGAAAUAGCGUUUGUGCAUGUGUCUGCGGAACCGUGAACUGCCCCAAGCCACAAAUCUUUGCCGACCCCUGCCUUAGACAAAUUGCUUGCUGGUUGUAUUGAGUCAGUUGGAAAUCAAUUUCUGUGCAAUAAACGAACCCUCUCACUUUUCUCCCAGCUAACUGGAAGGAGGUUUUGCAAAAGCACAUCGACCCCUCACAGAUCCCCAAGGAAUAUGGGGGAACCCUCACAGACCCAGAUGGAGACCCCAAAUGCAAGACUAUGGUAUGGACACUCAUCAGGUAGCACUCGGGGUAUCACCUUAGCCCUUGGGCGGGGUGGGGCGGGGGUCUAUUCCCAGCAGCUAGGGAAGUGUGGUGGCCUAAAUUUCCCCAGCCACUCUGGGCAGCUUCCAACAGAAUAUUAAAAUACAUUAACCUAUUAAACAUUAAAAGCUCCCCUAAACAGGGCUGCCUUCAGAUGUCUUCUAAAAGUCUGGUAGUUGUUUUUCUCUUUGACAUCUUGGUGGGAGGGCGUUCCACAGGGCGGGCGCCACUACCGAGAAGGCCCUCUGCCUGGUUCCCUGUAACCUUACUUCUUGCAAUGAAGGAACCGCCAGAAGGCCCUCGGCGCUGGACCUUAGUGUCCGGGCAGAACGAUGGGGGUGGAGAUGCUCCUUCAGGUAUACUGGGCCGAGGCCGUUUAGGGCUUUAAAGGUCAGCACCAACACUUUGAAAAGUCCAGCAAAGACUGGAGUCUGGAUAUAGAGAAACAAGACACAAGUUUGCAAGGCAGGAAGCAGAUGGAAAGAGCUGGACCCAGACAGCCACGCAGAGGGGAUGCUUACUUUGCCUCCUUCUGGUUUCCAAGGCUUGUGGCCCACCUUUAAAUUCUCAAAAGCACGUUACUGCUUUGCACACACUUGCUAGAGAACUUGGUGUGAGCUGAUUACAACCCAGUCAACAUCUAAAUAACAAGCAAAUAUAUUUUGUUUAUGGGAGUGCUUCUUUGACUGCUAGGUUAAUUAUCAAUCCCUCGAGAUUUUCUAGGCUGUACUAAGACAGACAACUAGAAAGCUAACAAUUCAGAGCCAAUUACUUAGGCUCCGAGUAGAAUGGCUUUUAUAGAAUUAAGACUAGGGCCACGUUUACACCGUUUGUUGAAAGCAUAAUGACACCACUUCCAUGGCUCCCCCCAAGAAUCCUGGGAGCGGUAGUUUGUUCAGGAUACCGAGAAUAUCCUGAGCAUAGCUGUCAACUUUUCCCCUUUCUUGCAAGGAAUCCUAUUCGGAAUAAGGGAAUUUCCCUUAAAAAAGGGGAAACGUUGACAGCUAUGACCCUAUUCCCCAUCCAGAGCUACAAUUCCCAGAGUGGCUUAACAAUCAAUCCCUCUUCCGGGAGGGGGGUGCCGGCAGUGGUGGUGGGUGCCCAUUUGGACUGAUAGGGCGGAAGCCCAGGAGGUGAACAGUAGGUGGUGCCAGAGCAAACUGAUAGUAGAUUUGUCCGCAUCUUUCUCUUCCUUGCUGAGUUCUACCAGCGCAGCACUAAAGAAGAAGAAGACGCCAAUAUCCAGGGCACCCACCUAAGGCAUGCAGGUGGAGGCUGGCUGAGGUCAGGCUGAGGGGCAGUGCCCCAUUUGCCCUAAUGGAGCUGCCAUCAAGAGAUGUUGGGAGUUGUAGGGCACCUGCAUGGGCUACUCCUGGAGCAUAGGCCAGAUCUAGAGCUAUGGCUGUCCAGGCCCAAAAAGGCCUUAGACUUUGUUCCAGGCCGCUGAGGCGGAAGCUUCUAGAUGCAAGACAUCACCACCUGCCAAGCAACCAGGCGUAUAUCGAUAUAGGGGGAAGCAGCUCUUUCAGUCUCUGAGCUCGAUGCAUCGGAAUAGGGAGUGUAGAGGACAAGCAGCAAGGAAGGAGCGUUGAGCAGGUGUUGUCUCAGCAGCCGCAGCCUCAGUCUCAUCACCAAUGUGGUCUUGUGCGCAGCUUAACCAUGGUGGAGAAGUCCCCAAGAAAUACUACGUACGGGACCAGCUGAAGCAGCAAUAUGAGCAUUCGGUGAUGGUGAAUCGGGGCUCCUCGCAGCAGCUGGAAUACGAGAUCCUCUUCCCGGGCUGUGUGCUGAGGUAAGCCGAGGCAGGAGCAAACCGUGGGCUGAGCAAACCAUGGAAUUCUGGCAGCGCACCUAUUUUAAUAUUUUUCUGGCCCACCUUCCAAGGAGCUCAGGGUGAUGUGCGGUUCUCUCAUCCCAUUUUGCCCAUAGGACAAGGCUGCCAGGUAGGUUAGGUCCAGAGCGAGUGACUGUGGCCUAAGGUCACCUGGUGGGUUUUGUUGCUGGGUGGGGAUGUGAUCUCUGGCCUUCCAGGGCCUAAUUGAACGCUCUGGCCACUCCACCACACUGAACUACAACUCCCAUCAUCCCUGGCCAUUGGCCAUGCUGGCUGGGGCCGAUGGGAGUUGGAGUUCAGCAGCUUUGGGCAAGGAGGUGAGUGGGCACACACUCCAGUCCAGCAAUCUAACCCAGCCAUCACCUCCCUAACAAGAACUGACAUUAAACAGGCUAUUUCAUUGUUAAUCCCAUUAUUGUUCAGCGGUAAGCUUUUAAUAAAAGAUGCAAGGGACCUUUGCUGGACAAUACAGUGGUACCUCGGGUUAAGUACUUAAUUCAUUCCAGAGGUCCGUUCUUAACCUGAAACUGUUCUUAACCUGAAGCACCACUUUAGCUAAUGGGGCCUCCUGUUACUGCCACGCCACGGGAGCACGAUUUCUGUUCUCAUCCUGAAGCAAAGUUCUUAACCUGAAGCACUAUUUCUGGGUUAGCGGAGUCUGUAACCUGAAGCGUAUGUAACCUGAAGCGUAUGUAACCCGAGGUACCACUGUACGCACUCUGCACAAACAUCAUAGGAGGACUUUAGACAUGGGGAUGGGGGCAUCGCCAGGCAAAAUGGGGCACAGACUGUACAACUUCAGAAUGAGGAGGAAUGAAUGCUUCUCAUAAUUCGUAACCGUCCUUCACUUCUCCCCUCUCCUCUCUGAUAUUCCUGCUUAUAGGUGGCAGUUCAUGUCGGACGGGGCCGAUAUAGGAUUUGGCGUCUACCUGAAGACCAAAGUUGGGGCGCGCCAGCACGCCAGCGAAAUGGAGGAAGUGCAUCCCAACCAGCGCUACAACGCCCACAUGGUGCCUGAAGACGGCUCGAUCACCUGUGCGGAUCCAGGGAUCUGUAAGUGGUACCCAGAUCUCUCACUUUCCAGUCCCGUCCCCCCCCGGUCUUCCCUGAAUGGACUUGAGUUCAUCUGGAGGGAUGAACUUUAUUUUGCAUAGAAUUUCAUGGGGAAUUCCGACCUGCCCCCCUGCACGUAUCAUGCGCUGUAAUAACACUCUUAUGCAAUAUAGCCCCCCAGUGUAUCAUUUCUGUACAGCAUGUACUUACAUAGAAUUGUAGAGUUAGAAGGGACCUCGUGGGUCAUCUAGUCCAACCCCCUGCAAUGCAGGAAUCAGAUAAUAUUAUACAUAAUAUAUUACAGUGGUACCUUGGUUCUCAAACUUAAUCCGUUCUAGGAGUCCUUUCGACUCCUGAAACCGUUCAAAAACCAAGGGUCGGCUUCUGAUUGGCUGCAGGAGCUUCCUGCAGCCAAUCGGAAGCUGCGGAAGCCAUGUCGGACGUUCGGCUUCCAAAAAACGUUUGCAAACUGGAACACUCACUUCCAGGUUUGUGGCGUUUGGGAGCCGAUUUGUUCGGGAGCCAAGCCGUUUUUAUUUAUUUUUAUAUAUAUUGUUGUUGGGAACCAUGGACUCCCCUCAGGCCCUCCAGCCCUCAGGCCCUGCUUGUGGGUUUCCCAUAGGCACCUGCUUGGCCACUGUGAUAACAGGAUGCUGGCCUAGAUGGGCCUUUGGCCUGAUCUGGCUCUUCUGACGUCCUGAAGGCCUGGAAGCCUAUAGUCCUCUCUUUACCAGCUGCCCAAGGCAGCAGCCUCACUCUGCCUAAUAGUACAGCCGGCCGCGCUCCCUGCGAAGAGACAGAGUUUGGCUGUUCAAAAGGCUUCCUUCCUCCAGCUAGGGUGGAGCUCAGUACAGUCGUACCUUGGAAGUCGAACGGAAUCCAUUCUGGAAGCUUCUGAUUGGCUGCAGGAAGUUCCUGCAGCCGUCGGACAUUCCAAAGAACGUUUGCAAACUGGAACACUCACUUCCGGGUUUGUGGCGUUCGGAGCCAAAACAUCCGGGUACCAAGGCACAACUGUACUUGCUCGGUGGGCUCCCGGGAGUUUUGGAAAGGGGCAGUGACAGCCCUGACAUGACACUUUGCUGUCCUUUUUCCUCUGCCCACGCAGACGUCCUGCGGUUUGACAACACGUACAGCUAUAUCCACGCCAAGAAAAUCAGUUACUCGGUCGAAGUGCUACUUCCGGACAAGAAAGUGGAAGAAGACUUCCAGAAGGUGGAGGAGCAGACAAAAGAGCUGAAGAUUAACCACGCCUGAUGGAGCUUUCUCUCCCCUCCCAACCCGCAAACCCCCCCCCCCACAAAGGCGGCAAUCCUAAAAACGCUUCUUCCCCUUGGGAGGGGUGGGUUUAUGGGGCAGAGGAGUGGAAGGAACAUUCCCAAGGAUGGUGGGGGAAUUUAAUUUGGGGCGGUUGGGGUGGAUUAUUUUUGCAGUUGGAUACGGAGACCUACUGGUCUCUUCCAGUCCCUACUGUGGGACAUUGCCCACCAGCAGUUUUUUUAGCAUAGUGGGGAUUAAUUUGGCAACGCUAAUGGGCAGAGGAGAGCCGCCUUCUGUCUCUCAAUCUCUGUAGCCCUGCCUCUGUGUUUACAUGGCGCCUGAGACCCGGCGGGCCUUCCUUCCCACGUGGGGCUGCAUUCCCUCAAAGCUAAUUGGUCACAGGCCACAGACCAGUGGUGGGCAGGGCUACCCCUGUUCUCCCCCCCCCCACUGCUUCUUUCUCUUCCUCUCCCCCCCCCACCCAACCCACCAGGCUGCUGGGAUCACAAUGGAUUGCUCAUGCCAGAGGUCUGAACUGGUUGCAUGCAGGUGGCUUCUGAAAUUACGCUGAGGGCCGCCUGUGGCCCUCGGAGCACAAUUUCCCCACCCCUGCAGUAGGCAUAGGGUUGAAAGAGCAGGGGGGGAAUUUUGGGACACCUUGCCGGACUGGACUGAGUGCUCUCCAGAUGCUUUGGACUACAACUCCCAUCAGCCCUGACCCGACACGUCCACAUUUCUCUACUACAGGAUUUCCCAAACUUGGGUCUCCAGCUGGUUUUUUUGGACUACAACUCCCAUCAGCCCUAGCCAGCUGGACCCAGCGGUUAGGGAUGAUGGGAAUUGUAGUCCACAAAAAGACCCUGCUCUGGUGUGUCCUUUACCAAAAUAACAAAUCCCUUUCUGGCUGUUUUAGAGUGAACCUGGGGCCCUCCAGAUGUCGCUGGACUACAACUCCCAUCAUUCCUAACCAUCGGCCAUGCUCCCAGACGGGACUGGUGGGUGUUGGGAAUCCAACGGCAUCUGCAGGGCCGCAGGUUAGCCACGCCUGCUCUGUGGAUGUGUUUAAGCCUCCCUCUGCUUCCUCAAAAAUCCACUUUCCCUUACUGCCCAUCACUGCCCUCUGCAGUGAAUUCCACAAGCGCACAGAGCACGGGGCAAAGUCCUUCCUUUCAAGACCAGGCCUGCGUAGCCCAGGACUCAUCCGUCAGAAGCGGCUGCCAUCAGCCGUGUACUGGAAGGCGCUGCUUUUCCGCUCUCAUCGUUCUGACUGUUCCCAAGAACAGUAGGCACCUCUCAAACUCUGGGAAGGUUUCAGCAAAAAAAUGUAUUGGGGGGGCAAGAUGGGGUGGCUCUCUCCACGCAAGGCUUGCUUCUAUUAAUGGAUUGCCUUAAAUCCACCUGCCUCGUUUACGCUCCAUGCACCUGCAACAGGUGAGCUGGACCUGCCUGCAUGGCACUGGUCCUGAAUGUCUGGAAAUCCUGCACAUUUUUUUAAAAAAGCAGUUUACAGGGUAGGUUCUCACCUCAGUUAGUUUUUUGAGGUGGUUGUGGGAUCUUUGCUCAGCAAGGGGGUUUCAAGUUGUACCUGCGACACAUUUUCAGAGAGGGAGGGAAAAGCUUAGGAAGAGGCCACUUCUUCCCUGCCUAUCUCUUUGCUUAUGAACUUCUCUGUCGAAAUUCUUGAGUGUGUGGAAAACCGGAGGCCCAAGGAAAUAAAAUUUCCCCGAUGGACACGUUCACUGUGGGCUCGCAGCUAAGCCCAAGUCUCGGCCAGAGUGUCCAGAAACAUAGCACUUUUGUUUUUCUCCCUCCCGCACCUCAAUUUUAGUUUUUCAGUUACCUUGAAGAUGAGAAAUGAUAAUAAACAUCUGAGUUGGUAUGCA